AUGGGUUUCCAAGCAUUGCAGCGUCUGCUGCACCAAGUGCUGCACGGGGCACCUGUCCACUCGCUCCUCUUCCAUCUGCAUCUCUCCAGGCGGCUGUGGGAGUCCACUGCCCUUUCCCCCUCCCUCCCCAACAUCCACAUUGCUGCUCCACUCUCUUUCUUCCUCGCCAGUUCCCUAUUCUUUCAUCGCCAUCACUAUUUCCCCGCUUACUCCCCCCCUCUCCCUCCUCCCUACAACCAGCUUCUACUACAUCGCUGCCCCGCUCUCCUUCUUCCUUGCUGCCCGUCCUGCCCUGCCCCUUUUGAGACCUACUACAUUGCUGCUCCGCUCUCCGUCUUCCUUGCUGCUCGUCCAGUCACGCCCUCCGACCCGUUCCAGUCAUCACCAUCAUUAUCACCGUCCCUUACUCCUGAGACGUCUCAAAAGUCCUCCGACCCCUACUACAUAGCUGCGCCGCUCUCCGUCUUCCUUGCUGGCCGUCCAGUCUCACCUUCUGAACCGUUCUCCACCACUGGUGCUGAUGUCAUAAGCAUAGCAUGCCUUAUUGUUGGAGCAGCAGUGUUCGCAUGGGGCAACCUGCACCAGCACCGCUGCCAUGCGAUUCUGCAGUGUUCGCGUGGGGCAACCUGCACCAGCACCGCUGCCAUGCGAUUCUGGCCAGUUUGA